AUGAGCAACAGUCCCUUUGCCAGCCGCAUGCUCAGCACGGUUCCCUCGCCCUUGCAACGCUCCGAGUCGGCUCCGGUGUCCGCGUCGCCGGCCAUGUCCCCUGGAGCCGGCUCGACCGAGGCCCCGACUGCCCCGGCCUCCGCCGCUCCCCUUCGGCCCCUGGACAGCCUGUUCAGCGCCCACAUGCCUGCCCCGACAGAUACCGCGUCCCUGGCCACCUCGGAGACCCAGAAGCCCCCUCCCGAGGCUGCCGAUGUCGAGGGCGACCGCAUUGUCACCGGUUCCAGCACUGUGACCCCCUCGCUGGGCCCUUUCGACCUGCUGGCCGGGGACACUGCCGCCCCUGUGGCCCUGACGACUCCCAGUGCUGCCAAUGCCCCGGCCGAGCCGGCCCCCCUGCUGGCGACUCCGACCCCGCCUGGCUCUUCCUCCGGCAGUAACAGCGCCCUCGACCAAAGUGCCCUGUCUUCCUCCUCGAACCGCGUGUCGCGCCUGUUCGCGGCGCAGCCCACCUCCACGGGCAACUCGCGGUCUGGUUCCCCCGGUCCGGCGUCUGCUUCUCUCCUCUCGGAGCCCUCCUCCGGGGAAGGCCGCUCGCUGGCCGGCGAUGACAAUGCCCCUCGCCCGGAUGCCUCAAUUGAGCAGCAGCAGCAGCAGCAGCACCACCAGCAGCAGCCGAUGUCCGGCCUGGACGCGCAGCCGCCGAGCCCCCAGCCCGAUGACGCCAGCGGUCUGGCGUCCCCCUCACAGACGAGCCUGGCUGCGGCCUUGACCGGCCCGUCGGGCCUUGCCAGCAUCGAUCUGUCCACUAUGUCGGCCACUUCGCCGAUCAUCACCACCACCACCAUCACCGAGCCUGUUGGCGACCUGAACCAGCUGGCGGCCUUCCUGCUGCGGGAGAUCCAGCAGGGACAGACGGCCUACACCCGGGACGCCCUGUUGCCCAUCUGCUUCCAGCUGUCGGAUCACGCAUCCACCGGCCUUCGGGACCUCUUUAGCCGGCUGCUGACCAUCAUGGAGGAUGCCAUCGACAAGCGCUUUGCCAUGGCCAACCAAACCACCCUGGAUACCAGCAUCCCGCUGGCAGACAUCCAGCGGUCCACCAAGCGCCUGCAGGAGGACAAUGUUCGCCUGGCGACCUCGCUGUCGGCCAUUCAACAGGCUUUGCAGGCCGGCAGUGUCACGGCCGGCAGCGACCAGCAGUUCGACAUGACCGAAGCGGCCACGGGCUCGACCAUGGCCGACAUCAUGGGCAAGUUGGAGGCCCUAAGCACGCAUGUGACCGACCUGCGCAAUUCGAUGGCCGACCAUAGCCGGCGGAUUGACUUCGUCACGUCCAAGCUGUCGCCCAUCAUUUCCCCGGGCAGCCAGUCGCCACUGGGGGACCUGUUCCGUCGCGCGGCGACCGACGCCGUACCGGCUGAUGCUCCGCUCGAUCCGUGGACCGGGGCGUCCCUUCCGCGGCAGGGCGGCCCUGCGGUGGUGCCUGCCCCGCUGAGGGAGUCCCUGGCUCAGACGCAGCAGCCCCCCUCGACAAUGCGUGCCGCCGCUCCGACUACCCCAACCGCUGAUGCUGGCGUCGGCGGGCAUUCUUUCUUCUCGAGCCCGGCCAUCCGGUUGCUCGAUGAGCUGGCCCGGCGUCGGCCGGCCGCUCUCUUCCUGGACACCUUUGUCCAGGUCUUUAAUGACCCCCAGAAUGGCCACAUGCGGCCGGCGCUGCUGUUCCGGUACUUUGGCGAGGAGGAUGCCGAGGAUGAUGGAUCCAUCGCGGUCGGGGACGAGCCGAUGCAGCUUCACCUGUCCCCUGGGCAGCUGCUCGGUUUGCCGGCUGACUGGGCCUCGCUCGAGGAGGUGCCCAAGCAGGCUCCCCCCUCGCGCUCCCUGCGUCCGGUGGUGGCCAUCCUGUGUGGCGGCUUGCCGAGCCUUGGCCCGGAUCGCGCGGCCGCCUGGUUGGCGCCGAUGGUCGCCAUCAUUGCCCGCCGGGGGGACCCGCGGCCGCACGCCCUGCACGCCUUCUGGGCCAGUAUUCUGCCAUUGAUCGCGGCAGACAGCGCCCUGUCGGACUCGCUGGCCUAUGUGGAGCAGCUCAUCCGAGUGGCCAUGCAGUGAGGGGGGCGGGCAGGCAAGGGGGUGGGUCUGAGUAAAUGUGGGCGCCGCCGCAUGUGCAUACAAUACAUCCCCGUCGCUGGUGUGUCUAUGUGUGUCGUGCGUGCAAGUCCUCAAGCAAGCCGCAGGGGUGGGGGCGGG